AUGGCUGCCGCGGAGCUAACUGAAGAAAGAAAGAGGAAACUAAUUAGGAACUUAAAAAUGUCUCACAAUGGCACUCUGGAUCUGGACAGAUCCAACAAUGGGGAGAGGGCUCGCCGCUCCACCAGCAGAAACCAGCCCAGAACCCAGGCCAAGAGCGGGGAUGUUUUGUGUGACUUCUGCACCACCAGGAAGCAGAAGGCAGAAAAAUCCUGCUACGUGUGCCUGGCAUCCUACUGCGAGACACACCUGCAGUCUCACUACGAGUACCCUGCCCUGAUGAAGCACAAGCUGGUCAAAGCUACAGGUCAGAUGAGGGAGAAGGUCUGUGCCCAGCAUGACAAACUGCUGGAGGCUUUUUGUCGCACUGAUCAGACAUCGGUGUGUGUUCUGUGCAUGAUGGACGAACACAAGCACCAUGACAUCGUACCAGCUGGAACCGAGAGGACUGAGAAACAAAAACAACUUGGUACAACCCUGCAUAAGUCUCAACAGAGGAUCGACCAGAGGAUUAAGAAGUGGCAAGAUCUCCGACAAUCUGUUGAAUCAGUCAAACACUCUGCUCAGACGGUCCUAGAGGAAAACGAGCGGAUCUUCACGGAGCUUCUGCUUUCCAUCGAGAGAAAGUACAAUGAAGUCAAGGAGAUGAUCCGCUCCCAUGAAAGGACAACAGUGACUCGGGGGGAGUUACUGCUGGACCGUUUGGAGGAAGAGAUCACUCUGCUGAGAAAGAGACACAAUGACCUUGAGAAGCUCUCACACACUGAUGACCACAUACACUUUCUGCAGAGCUGGCAGUCUCUAUCAGGCCCCUCUGGAUAUGAAGACCUCAACAGCAUCAAUGUUGCCCCCAAUUACUCCUUCGAUGCUACCAAGAGAGCCAUCGCAGCACUGAAACUACAAGUGGAAGAAGUCAGCAAGACAGAAAUGAGCAAAAUCUCAGGAACAGUGAAGGACGUCUACAUCGUACAAGAAGGUGAGACAAAGACGGGGAGGGAAUCGAUUCUAAGGGACGAGCAGCCAAGAGAACAAUCAAGAACAAGAGAGGAACCGAGAACAAUAGAAAUACCAAGGAUAAGAGAAGAACCAAGGACAAGGGAAGAUUUCCUACAGUAUGCCUGCCAGCUGCUUCUGGAAGUCAACAGUGUCCACCCCAACCUCCACCUCUCUGAGGGAAAUCGAACAGUAACGAUGAAGAAUGAGCCAAAGAACUACCCGGACCACCCCGAACGAUUCGACCACUGGCAGCAGGUUUUGUGCAGGGAGGGUGUGAGUGGUUCGCGUUGUUACUGGGAGGUGGACUGGAGGGGAACAGAGAUAGACGUGGCUGUCGCCUACAGGGGGAUCCGUCGAAAAGGAAAUGGCAAUGAAUGCAGCUUGGGCUGGAACGACAAGUCCUGGAGUUUGUAUUGCUCUGACUCCAAGGUGUCCAUUGUGCACAAUAAUAAGAGCAGAGAUAUCGCAGCUCCAGUGCCACUUCGUAUCGGCGUCUACUUGGAUCAUGCAGCAGGAACACUUGCAUUUUAUAGUGUCUCUGAUGGCAUGCAGCUCCUGCAGAAGGUCCAGACUACGUUUACUGAACCACUCUACCCUGCAUUCAGUGUGUGGGGCUUUGGUACGACUAUAAGGCUGUAGAGACUAGAGAUUGUUCCUCUCAGUUCCAUCAUAUUACAAAAUAUUCUCAGUAUGAAACUAGACUUGUUUGUUUUACAUCUUUGUAAAAGUAGUUUUGCUUAUUUAUGAUGUGUUGUCAGAGUGGUUUUCAACAUCCCAUUUAACUGUUUUUGUUCUCUUGCUCACUUAUCUUUGUUCUGGGGCAAUUUAGUCUGCAGAAAGUCAGAUAAAAACUGUACAGCAUUUGAUUACCAUGUCAUUUUCUUGAUGUUUCUUGUU